GAUGGCAUCAGAUGGUAAAAAGUGGUACUGGGGUAUAUAUAUUAAGCUCGGUUAAAAGAGAGCCUGUGAAUUAACGAGGGCUUCUAUUGUGCUAUAUAUUUACAAUAUCUUUUCGAUUAUUGGAUUAUAAUUUUUUUUUGUGGAUAAACAUUAGAUAUUAAUCAAAAUGACAACCUCGACAUCAUUUGACGUAAUUGUGAUUGGAGCUGGGGUCAUUGGACCAGCUAUUGCAACUGCCAUGGCUAGACAAGGUAGAAGUGUUCUUAUAGUAGAAAGAAGUUGGGAUAAGCCGGACAGAAUUGUGGGUGAGUUGAUGCAACCUGCUGGAUUAAAGGCACUUCGAGAACUUGGAAUGAUCCAGGCGGUCAAUAAUAUCGAAGCUAUUCAUGUUGAAGGAUAUUAUAUCAAGUUUAAUGAAAGUAGUCUUUUAUUGAAGUAUCCUGCAAAGUCUGAUGUGAUAACAUCCCCACACCCGGUGCCUAGUUGUAUGCAAGGUGAUAAUGAAAAAAUGUUGAAUGAUCAAACUCUUAAUCUUAAAGAUUGGGAAAAUGAUGAAAAUGUUAGAGGGGUUGCAUUCCAUCAUGGUGAUUUCUUAAUGAACCUCCGUGACAUUGUCAAGAAGGAGCCAAAUGUCACAGCCCUUGAAGGAACUGUUACUAGUGUGGUUAGAAACUCAGAUAACACAGUCACUGGAGUGACGGUUAAAACCGCUGAUACUAAAACUUCUAAAGAAUUUUCAGCCAAAUUAGUCAUUUCAUGUGAUGGAAUUUAUUCAAAGUUCCGUAAAGAACUUGCCGAGGACAAUGUCCCUACAAUUGGAUCCCAUUUUGUUGGUUUACAUUUGGAAGACGCUGUAUUACCAGCAAAGCAUUUUGGUCAUGUUAUUUUGGGUGACCAUGCACCAGUUAUUAUCUACCAAAUUUCUCCAAAAGAAACUCGUAUUUUAUGUGCUUACAGAUCUACCAAACCUCCAUCACAAUCUAGUGAUCAACUUUAUAAAUAUUUAAAGAAUGAUGUCUUACCAUCACUUCCAAAGGAAACACAACCUUCAUUCUUAAAGGCUUUGGAGUCAAAGAAAUUUAGAGUUAUGCCAAAUCAAUAUUUACCUGGAAGAAAGCAAGGUGAACAUAAGGGAUUAAUAAUGCUCGGUGAUUCUCUUAAUAUGCGUCACCCAUUGACUGGUGGUGGUAUGACUGUGGGAUUAAGCGAUGCUGCACUUUUAGCAAAGCUUUUACAACCGGAACUUGUGGAGGAUUUAGGUGAUCAUGACCUUGUUACCAAACAAUUGGGAGUAUUCCAUUCCCGCAGAAAGAACUUGGAUGCUGUCAUUAACACUCUUUCGAUUGCAUUAUAUGCUCUUUUUGCAGCUGAUAAAAAUUCACUUAAAAUUUUACAAAAGGGUUGCUACAAAUAUUUCCUCCGUGGAGGUGAUUGUGUAAGAGGUCCUAUUGGUUUACUUGCAGGUAUGCUUCCAUACCCAAUGCUUUUAUUCAACCAUUUCUUCAGUGUUAUGUUUUACGCCAUUUAUUGUAAUUUCAUUGAACGUGGGCCAUUAGGAUUCCUUAUUGCACUUUUUGAAAUGUUUGAAACAAUUGCAACUGCAGUAUAUAUUUUCACUCCUUACUUAUGGAAAGAAUUAGUUAAUUAAAAUAUUUUAGGGUUUUACUGACCAUAAA